AUGAAUAAUGAAAGACAAGAUGGUUUCCCUUCGGCAUCAAAUAGUAACCAACAACCAUCAUCAUCAAAUGCCAACAACCAACAACCACCAAUAAUGGGACCACCAUCUGCAUCAUUAACAGCAGCACUAUUUGCGGAAAGAGCACCUAGAAGAUCAGCCUUACAAACAAGAGAAGGUACUGGUUAUAUUCCACGAACCCGCCAAAGAGAAGGUUAUGAUGAUGUGUUGGCAUCACAGAAUGCUUUCCAAAAUAUUGGUAAAAGAUCUGGACAAAUAAUUGUAAAUACCGACUCUGUUGAUCCGAAUGCCUUCUUUGAAGCAAACAAUAAUCAGAACUUUAAUCAACAAUUACAUAGAGAUGACCAAUCGAGUGUAUUGUCAUUAUCAAACAUUACUAUGAAUGAUAGUGAUGAUACCAUGAGUAUGCUAAGCUCAAAGACAGCUGUUACUUUUCGUUCAUCAGGUGAUGAACAAUCUCCAGAUGAAGCUCUUAAAAUUGAUAAAACUUCAAUGGAGUAUGUCACAUCAUCUUCCGAGGAUGACACUUCUGUGAAAAUACCAACUGUCACAAUUAAGCAACCUAAGAAACCCGAUUCACCUAAAAUAUCCCUACCACCUGUUUCACCAGUUCUAGACACCUUCAGGGAAGAAGAACAACCAGCAGAAGCUGCAGAUAUCAUUGCACCUCCUACACCUACACCUACAUUUGAUAUUGAACAAGGAGGCUUAGAUGAUGAUCAUGCAUUCGAUAAUCUUUUUGAAGAGCAGGAGGAACAAACAUUCCAACCAGAACCUAAGAAAAGAAAGAUAUCAGAACCUAGGAAAACAAAGAAAUAUAUUUAUGAGAAAUCCUCAUCCUCUGAGGAAGAACAAGAUGACGAUGAAUCAGAUGACAGAGAAAAUAGAAGAAGUUUAAAAUCUAGGCAACAAAAACAAGCACUUAAAAGUUUCCCUGCAUCGCUUCCUCAAUCAGAACCUGAAUCAGAAUCUGAAUACGAAUCUGAUAAAUCUUCUCAACCGAAAGCAACACUAGAGGACUCUGGUAUUGGACCUACUCAGCUGGAAAAAUCUAAUGUGGAUUUAGGGCGAGACUUUUAUCGUGAUGAAGAAGUAAAACUUUCCCAAAAGCAAACAGAGCUGAUUGGAGAAAAAUAUGUACUCAGAGAAGCUCUUUUAAAAGAUAUAGAAAAUGUAGAUGAAACAGACGACGAGGAAGCCAAAGAAGUGAAUGAAAAGGUUUACAAAGACGACGAAGAUUUCAAUGCUGCUGUUAGUGAAAAUGAAGAAGAAAAUGAUAUGCUCAAUACAACACUUAUCAGCACUCAAAAUGAGGAUGUUGAUAAUGGAACAGAUCCAUUGGGCAUUCAAACAAGUAACUCUGUGGAUUCUAGAUUGAGAAGAAAGGUCACUAAACCAUGUAAAUUUUGGGAAAAUGAAAGACCUUUGCCUAAGGAAGCUGGUAAACUAAUGAAAGUCAAACCAGUUGUUACAGAACCAGAAAAGAAGAAGAAGGCUCCUGUAGAGCCAAGAAAGAGAAAAGUUGAUCCACUUAGUGAUGUAACUGAUGGAAUCUACAAAGUUAUGAAUGAGUUUGGCGAAGAGGAGGAUGUUAAAAUUUAUGCUACUGCCCAAAUGCAUCAAAGUUCACAUUUCAAAUUCAGAAAGGAUGAAACUAAGGCUGGUGGUUAUGCUACCAUCAAAGCUAAUGAAGAUACAGCACAACUUUCAAUCUACAGUUCAUUGACAGAGAAGGGUGUAGGUGUAGGAACAAUAAUAAUUCAACCUGGUGGUAUAAAACCAAGCUCCAAUACUAGUACCCAAUCUGAGGUUUUAUAUAUUUUGAAAGGUCAGGCAUCCGUCGUUGUACAUACAAACCCAGCCAUCCAAAUGAAACUUGGAUCUGUAAUUCAUAUUCCACCAUUCAAUUCAUAUAGUAUGAAAAAUAUUGGUCGUGGAGAGUGUCACAUACUCUAUGUCUUUUCAGAUACUAAGGAUAGAUCAGAACAGGAUGAGUCAGAGCAAGAAGAGGAACAAGAUCAUCAAGUAUUAACAAAAGAACAACAUGGUACCAUGAGUGAUGAAGAAAACUGAAUAAAUAACAUUUGGCACUUC